GAGAAACGAAUGCGCCUGUACAAUGCCAGGCUGCAACAUCAGGCUGAAUCGUGCGAGCGGCGGGAACGACGUGACAGCUGCCCCAAGAGCCACCGUGAGCUGCUGGAGGCCAUCCCUGAGGCUCUGACCAUGCAGCCGCAGUGUCAGCGCCUGCAGCUCACAAUGGAGGAGGGCGGUGUGCCCGUCAUGGAUCCCCCACCUCGUGGACUUUUCAGGGUUUCAUCAGUCCAGUUCCAUAAAGCUGAUCGGCCAUGUCUCAACCGUCACAGCUCCAGCAGUGGUGCACUCUUCAAUCCCUCCCAUGCCCACGCUGGCGUCUCACGAAUGCCUGCCCCGGUCCUCUCCACCUGCAGCACCCCCUCCAGCCACCGGAGACCACUAGUACCCAUGCAGCAGCACCACCAUGGCUCCAGUUCAGUGGGAAUGCUGAGGAGAAGCCGAACGCUGCACCAUCGCCCUCCUCCGCAGGAGUAUCGUCGCCGGGCCAGCCACCCAGCCUCUCCCUCCUACUGUGCAGCAACCCUGCACCACUAUAGUGGAGUAGCCCCAUGUAAUGUCCUACCGCCUGGCCUGCCAGAGGAAGGUGAGCUAGUAGCAGGUGUGAUGGCUUCUCACCCAGCAGGCCUAGCCCUCUCACCCCAACAGCACCCUGCCACUUUGGGGCACAUCAGAGGGGCCAACACCCAUGACAGAUGCUACGACAACAACCCUAACAGCCAGAUCGCUCACCACGAAUGGUGGCACUCACAGGAAAGACACUUGAUGCCUGACCCCAUGGUGACAGAAAUGGACAGAGAGAGGGAAAGAGAAAUGGAACAAAAAAGGCAAAUGCAAAAGGAGAAAGAGCUGGAGAGGGAGAGGGAGAGGGAGAGGGAGGCACAGAUUCAGGAGGAGAUGGACAGAGAGAGACAGCAGGAGCUGAGCAGGAGCAGAGCCAGAGAGCAGCAGCACCUCCAGAGUUUGGUCCACCCUCCUCAGGGUGGAGACAUCAAUGACACCUGGCCAAAACCGGCCAUCCGUCAGUCCCAAGUUGGCGUGGGAGGCAGAGGUCCCUACAGUACCCUGGAGGGCCACACAGGGGCUUGCUCUGCUGGAUGGGAUGCAAAGAAAGUACAGAUGAAUGCUGGUUCAAGCCCUAAUCCCAGUUCUGGUUUUCAGCCAAAACUUGAUAUGAGCUGUAAACCCAAUGCAACAUCACGAAUCUCCAGGGCCCAGCUCCUGAGAGACCGGGCUUCUCAACUGGCAGAUGAACGCAGUGGGAUGAGCACAGAUGAGGAGACCAAUACGGACAUGCUGUUGGGUCGUUACUGGAGUCGAACCGAAAGGAGGGAACACUUCCUGUUGGCCCGUGAGCAGAGGCAGCAGCAGCUGCAGGCCAGAGGAGUACCUAUACGAGAUGCUAUAAGCAGGGGAGGGGCCAUCGCGGGAUCGGCAGGAGUGUCUGCUGGAGACGGAGGUAUGCUGGAAAGCAGAGGACGCGGAGCUUUUGCAGAUGGGCGGGGCAACACGGUCCUUGAGCUGAGUCAGAGAAAGCUGAGUCGUUUGAGGAAUAGGAAGCUGCUGGAUGACUGGAUAACAGUAGAGGAGCUGCUGACUCAUGGGACCAGGCUGGACAACCACGACGACAUGCUGUGUCCCAGCUCCCUGCUGACGGUCACCACCGUCUAACUGCAUGGACACCACGUCUAACUGUAACUCUGCGCGCCUGUGAGUGUGUGUAAUGUCAAGCUAACAAUACAACAUUUGAGUAAAUCCUCUUGUUCUGCCUUUUCCAGAGUCAGAUGUUGAGAUGAAUAUCAGCUUCAUCUCGGAAGUCCAGUACAGAGAUAGGUCCAGGAUGUAUUUAGCCUAGCUCAGAACAAAGACUAGAAGCAGGGGUAAACUGCUUGCCUAACUUAAUCAAAAGAAAAAAAAUCAACCUUCAAACAAUCACAUAACUGUUUGAUUUAGGCAAACCUUGGUGGGGGGGUGGGGGGGGUGUAUAACUGUAGACAGUAUGCACCUACAGCACAGUCUGCCCUUUUUGUUGCUGUCUGUGUGCUCUUCUGAGGAUAUUAGAGAUUGAUUGUCUAUGUAUGAAGUACAAAGACGAGACUGAUAUGGAUCAUCUCAUAUGACUCUGGGCAAGAAGGAGAAAACUAGAAUUUACAGAAAUGUCGGACUGUUCCGUGAAUGGAUGUGCGCGAGAAAGGGAACCUCACUGUUAUUGCUGUACAUCACCUCAACUGAUAGCUUUAUGUGUGGGUGUGUCACCACUGUACAGCACUCCGGACAAAAUGUGUGUGUCAGUGCAUGACGCUUAUAAUGACAAACAACCGAACUAAGUCAGAUGAGCGUGUAUGUUUGCAACAUGUGUUUCAUGCUACAUCUUAUGCUUCACUUAUUCACAGAAUCUUUGACAAAAUUACAAAAAUUGGGGUUUGGACUCCAACCCUCAAACAGACCAUGAGAUUUCGGGGAGCAAUACUGUUCUGCGUGAUAUACCUGGCUGUGCACGAUAGAUCACAUACAACUACUUUUACAUCAGGGCCACAGAACACAUCAACUGUAGCAAUGACGACAAUGAAAACUGAGAUUUGAUACCAAAUCGUGAGUGGUUUUUAUAGAAACUCUGUUUACAGCUAAAAUAUACAUCGGUGGGAGCUUUUGUAACUAAAAAUGAUUAAAAACACGGCCUGAUUUACUUGCUUGUGCAAAACUAGUCAAACUGUGUUAAUCAAGAAUGGGGAGCAAUGUGCCAUGAGGUUUGCAGAGAAUUCUGUCCACAGCUUUAAUCUGUAUGAUCAGCUGCUGCUGUGUUUGGGGUGGAGUUUAUGCCACAUUCAUGCCAUGUCGUUCAGACCAUACUUAUGUGAUCCAACUCUAAGUUACUGAAGGCAUCAGAAAUUUGACAAUUUGUUCCAAUUGGUGAAUAUAAAUGAAUAAAAACCAAUAAAACAGUGAAUUUUAUUUAGAUGUAACUGCCAGUGGCAAUGACUUUGUAGCCAGUUUGCCCCUUUUAACACCAGUACAAAAAUAUAAUAUAAAUAUAACGAUACACUCUAAACAAUGGUCAUGAGGCUGAUUUAGACUUAUUGCCCUUGUGUGGGCCAUCAACAGACUUGAUUCAAACAGCACAUUACUGCCAAUGUAUGCAGCAGCAGUCCUACGUUCUUGUGAAUGCGCUUUUAUUUGUGAUGCUGACUGAUCUUUUUAAUGUGCUUCAUUGCUCUCUGUAUGACGGCCACCACAGAAAUCCCACCAAUUAAAACAACACAUCUAAUUUUAAGGGCACAAGUACUAUGAAUUAGAUGCCUCUUUGCCACCAUUAAUAUCAAUGUAGCGUCGUAACAUGUUUUUGACACUAGUGAAUGAAACUCCUUAUUAUGCGAUCAUUUUAAAUUAGGCCGAUAGCAGCAACUUGAUUGGAGGGAGCAAGCUGACAGUGCUCUGCUGCUGCCAAAUUAAAAUGCAGAACCCCAACACUGUUUGGUGGCAGUAGCAGAUGUAGCAGCUCGCUGUCUGAAACCUUCAUAAUGUCUGAAUAUUAUAAAGUCAUAAUUAAAGGAGUUUUCCUCCUUUAUUUUGUUGCUGACAUGGCUUGAAUGCAGUAUAAGAGCUUUAGCCCUUCAUGGCUCAUUGCUCCUAUUCUUUGUGCUGUCUUUACUGUUGGCAGGAUGUUUACAGACCUACCUACCCAGGUAACAGCUUAUGCAUGUUUACUGAAAUCUACAGUGAUGCGUUAACUGUGUUUUAAAGAAAAGAAGAUGCACCUCAAGUAAACAUUACGUAGGUUUGUCAAGACUGCUGCAGCGUCUUUACAGUCAGGACAGACAGAGCUCAAGUCUGCAUCGUUGACAUUCCACAAAAGUGUGAGUAAAACUGAAAUCUACUGAUUACAGGUCUGCAGAUUGGGAAAAUGUGCAAUAAUACCUCAAGCUAGUUUUAAUAUGAUAAUGACAGUGUUGUGUGUGCUACCUGUCAGGUUUCCAUCUAAUGCAGUAACUCGUUUUAAAUCAAAUAGAUGCACAAAUGUGACGAGUCACCACAAGUGCACAGUAAUCCCAAAUCUAAAAUGGCAAGAGCAAAGGUUAUUGUAGAUAUUUACAUUAAUUCUUACAUUGUUUUCCAUGAGAGGGACCUAAGAAAACAACUUUUUGCACAUCAUUUUUUAUACGAAAAUGUUUCCCUACCUUUCUGUACCAGGGACCGAGGCCAGUGGAAUGACUGUAGAUAGAACGACCGUGUGUGUUGAUGUUUUCUUUAUAGACUAUCAUAGUGAUUUAUGGAGGAAAAAAAAAGUUUAUUGUCAUUGUGUUGGACAUAUUUCAAUAUUUUUCUUGUGAUGGUUACAAAACCAAUGUGAACAGUUUUUAUGAUCUUUAAAAUCAACUUAAUUUACUUAAAAGCUGGUGAAACCUUUAUUUACCAUUUUCAAAGAGUGAACACAAAAUGUGAAUAUUAUUGUCUCUUUAAAUGGCGAAACUGAAUUUUAUUGUUGUUUUUUGGUCAUUAUGACAUGUAUAUAUUGAUUUUGUCAGGAUGGUGCAGAUGAGGUUGGAGUAAGUAAGAGGACAUGCUGAUGUCAUCAGUCGCCUCCAAUGGUUUAUCAUGUGAUUCUGUAGGUUUAUAGCUGUGUUUUGGAGGCUGUAUAUACAGCACAGAGAUUAACAUUGUAGUAUUAGUACGUUUAACACUCACAAUAUUGUUAAAAUUCAUUGGAAGGGGUUCAGUUUGUUCUGAAUGUUUAACGUGGCAUCCAUGAAUUAUGAGUAAGACUCACUGUCACAGUAAAUCUUAAAGGAACACCUUUUAGAUAAAUCCUCUUGUUCUCAGUGUUCUGCAGUCAGAUGUUUCAGAUGGAUAUCAGUUCUGAUCUCUGUGUAUUCACUAAGACGUGUUUAGCCUGGGUAACACAAAAAAGGGGUGCAAAAUAACAAAACCUCACAACAACUCAAAGCUGUUAGAUUUAAAUCUUUGAUCUUUCAAAUUGACUAACGAUAAGUUUUGGUUUAGUUGCAACAGUAACUAUAUUGUCCCCUGGCAAAAUGGCUAGUGAAUGUUCAAAUUUUUGUGUUCAAAGUCACUCAAUCAUUUACCAUUUGUUGUCUUUUAGGCUAAUGAAUGGAGCAAAUCUACCAGCCAGUUGCACAUUUUUAUCGGCAUUUGGCAACUGACGGUGCAAAUUUAAAAAAAGAUUUAUUAGUGGCAAGUGUGGCUAAAAUUAAACUUUCACUGUCGAGCCAGUUGAUUUACACCUUGUAUCCUACAGCUAACAAGCCUGUUAUAAAGCAAACUAUUUGAUGCUUCCAAAAGGUCCAAAAUGAAAGACUGAUUAAGACUCUUCCUCUCUGGCAGCAUAAAAUAGCCAAAACAGAAUGUCUUUUUCACAGUAGAGUUUUUUUUAACAUAUCACAAUAACGUGGCAAAGGUGUAAAUUAUGAAAUUAUGAAGCAGACCAACUCCUUUUGGCUGCUUUGGUUUCAGGGACCAAGCAUACUGGCUUAUUUUCAUAUUGUCAUGGCUUAAUGGAACACAUGACUGUUAAUUGUCAGCAACAUCUAUGCUUUUCCUAUUAUGACAAGUCAAAAUGUCUGCUGUGAAAAAGGCCUUUAGAAAGCCAAAGUGAAACUGAGAGGAAUAACGCAGCAGAUUAAAAACUAAAUCGUGGAGCAUAGUCGUACUAUAGCGCUGUGUUCAGUGCUUCAACCUAUGUAGAAACACCAGCUGAGUGUGUCAGCAGUUGCUCAGCUAUAAAUGGUCGAUCAAUGUUCGGUGAAAUGGUUGUGCAGCUGCAAAUAUCUCAUUCUUGCCUGGCAACAUUUUUGUGGUAAUUUUUCUUGCCAUCCCCCCUACAAGACUUUGAUUGGAUUGGUUGUUUUCCAAACCAGGGACACAACAACAGCACAACACCAGAUAUAUCUGAAUCACUGAACAAAAUUAAUGUGAGCAGUGAUGCACAAACAUAAAAGGUCUUCCCUCAUAGUGGGGUUGACAAGCCUAGGCAACCUUUUUUUUGUUUAAAUCAGAAAGCUUUGGACUUGCUGCAAGGUGUUUCUUCCCCCUCUCUUUUGAUUGAGCUAUGCUAUCAGUUUCCCCUGCUUUCAGUCUUUGUGCUAAGCUAAGCACCACACAAAUAAAACUGAUACCCAUCUUUUCAUCUGAAUCAAAAGAAGACAGGAAAUAAAGGAUUUACUUUGUUUAAAACACUUGGAAUCAGAUUUGGAAGAUGUGGAAUCAAACCUCCACCCUGUUUGUUUCCACGUUUUCCCUCCCUCUCGGCUGUGACUCAAACAGUCUGAAUAAUGGAUGAUGAAGAAAGAAUUUUUCUUUCCCUCCCACCCCCCUCCUUUCACUCUCUUUGCUUACGUUACACAAGGACACAGAGAGCUGAAAAUAGCGCUGCUGUCCUCAUGUGAUGUGAAAUUAAAAGCACACUGGAGCGGAGACACUUGCUGCUGGGGAACUCGAUGCUUGUUUUACUUCAUCUGACAAUCCCUCCAUCCAGCCUGCAACACCACCUCCAUCUGUCUGUGCAAGGGUACUUUUCACUACAGCAAGCUUUUUGGAAUAUGAUGAUGUACAUGUGAUUGUAAUAAAGAGAUUUUAAUUAGCUAUGA